CUACUUACAACAUGGGGUAAACUGCUGGGUAAAUUAGCGGCAGCUUGCAGUACACUCUCCUUCCUGUGGCGCUGUAGGACACUUGGUGUCGUCCCACGAAGAAGACAAUAAAACAGGAGAAAGGGCAUUCAGACCAAAGGCGGCGGACUUGAACGUCUUCAGUUAACCCGCCAGCUCACCUCACCGUCUUGCCGUUAGCCCCCUUUGCCUGUUAGCUUAGCUUCGGCUAACUGACGCGACUCCGCCCGCGGCCAAGGAAGACAGAAGCCCGCAGAAGAAGGCGAGCAUGUCGGACGACUUCAGCGAAGACAUGAGCAUCAUGAGGAUGGAGGAGGACGGCGAGGCGUACAGCGACGACCCCAUGACGGCGACAGGGGCGAGCGACGGCGGCCUGAAUGCCGGCGGAGAGGCCGAGGGGUCUCGGAUCGACGCCAGUAAGAAUGAGGAAGAUGAAGGGAAGGUGUUUGUCGGAGGCCUGAGCUGGGACACGACAAAGAAGGACCUGAAAGAUUACUUCUCCAAGUUCGGGGAGGUCAUAGACUGCACUCUGAAACUGGACCCCAUGACGGGUCGAUCCAGGGGCUUCGGCUUUGUGCUCUUCAAGGACGUCGGAAGCGUCGACAAGGUCACGUCUCUAAAGGAACACAAGCUCAACGGAAAGGUCAUCGACCCCAAAAAGGCCAAGGCCAUGAAGGGCAAAGAGCCGGUCAAGAAGAUUUUUGUGGGCGGUCUCUCCCCGGACACCCCCGAGGAGAAAGUCCGAGAGUACUUUUCUACCUUUGGAGAGGUGGAAUCCGUGGAGCUCCCCAUGGAGAGCAAGACCAACAAAAGGCGGGGCUUCUGCUUCAUCACGUUCAAGGACGAGGAGGCAGUGAAGAACAUCAUGGAGAAGAAGUACCACAACAUCGGCCUGAGCAAGUGUGAAGUGAAGGAGGCCAUGUCCAAGGAGCAGUACCAGCAGCAGCAGUACUGGGGAGGAAGAGGAGGGUACGCCCCUCGGUCUCGAGGAAGAGGCGGCGGUCCCGGCCAACAAUGGAACCAGGGCUACGGCAACUACUGGAAUCAAGGCUAUGGCAACUAUGGCUACGGUAACCAAGGAUACGGAGGGUAUGGCGACUACGAUUACUCGGGAUACGGCAACUACUACGGAUACGGCGACGACAGCACCCCGCCCCUUGGCUACGGCAAGUCGCCACGGCGCCCUGUUCACAGCAACAGCUACCGGCCGUACUAGAGUGCGCGUGGAAAGCCUCCCAACACCCAAAGCAGGUGUCGGAGCGACGAGGCUGGCUGGGGGGGUGCAGGGCCGCAGCGACGUCGCCCUCUUCCUGAUUGUAAGAAACUAAACUGAAGAGUACUGUCCCCCCACAUUUUCUUCUUUAUUCCACGGAGCUUUUUUUUGGAUUUUUUGCCAGUUAUUUAGAUGUUUUAACCUUCUUCUUAUCCUUUUGUUUUUAGUACUUAACGUCCUUUCGUGCUGUUUGUGAAUCACUUCAUUUAUUACGUAGACAUAGAGACACUUAUUUACAGCCUUGUGGUAGCAAAGACACGUAUUCAUCAGUCUUACGUAGAACAUUUACAGUGGAACCUCGAUUUACCAACUGGAUUGGUUCUUGUUAAGCCACAAAGUUUGUAUAAGAAACAAUGUAGAUAUCAAUAGUGGGCAUACUUGCCAACCCUCCCGGAUUUUCCGGGAGACUCCCGAAAUUCAGCGCCUCUCCCGAAAACCUCCCGGGACAAAUUUUCUCCCGAAAAUCUCCCGAAAUUCAGGCGGACUCAGGUCCAUGCGGACCUGAGUCCGCUAACCCACAAUAUAAAUAGCGUACCUGCCCAAUCACGUUAUAACUGUAGAAGGAUGGAGGGCGAGUUCUUGGUUUCAUUAAGUCCUCCCAGCGCGGUAACAACACACAACAACAGCAGUCACGUUUUUUUUCUACCGUAAAGCAGUUCGUCUGCCGUAAACAGCAAUGUUGUGACACUCUUAAACAGGACAAUACUGCCAUCUAGUGCAUUUGAUGAAAGCACUUUUGUGCGUGCCACACAGCAAUGCAUCAUCAGAGAGGGUAGGGUGUUCAGCAUGGUUCGAAAAAUAGUGACAGAGAAUAGAACAAGGAUGGACAAUUCAACCCUUAACUCAACAAUGAGUAGAUGAGUGUUAUGUGUGUGUAUAUGUGUAAAUAAAUGA